GGAGCGUUUGUUGGUGCCUUCGGUUACUGCUUGCUGUACCGGCCCCGUCUGCGGCACCAGAGCGGGAGCGGCGGCACCGCCAUCUCGGGUAACGACGCGGGCGGCCGCGCUGACCCUGCGCUAGGCCCUGGCUUCCCCUCCGCCGCGGGCUCGGCCGUGCCGCCUGCAGCCAGGCCCGUCCGCCCCGAGGCCUGCGGUUCUCUCGCCCUUCCUUGCCGGCGCGCAUCGAGCACCAUGUCGGUCCGACCUAUGGCCUACGAAGCGCAGUUCUUUGGCUUCACCCCGCAGACGUGCGUGCUGCGUGUCUACAUUGCUUUCCAGGACUACCUCUUUGAAAUCAUGCUGGUGGUGGAGAGCGUGAUCCUGAAGAAGCUGGACGCGAUUCCUGACUCUAAAAUCAGCCCCUCACAGAUCCGGAAAUGCACGGAGAAGUUCUUUGUCUUCAUGAAGGAGCAGUUUAACAAACUCUUCAGUAACCUGGAAAAAGUGCUCCUGCAGCUGGUGCUAAGCAUCCCUCCGAACGUGCUCCUUCCCGAGGACAAGGUCCACGAGCAGUACCCCUACAGCAAGGAACAGUUCCAGACGCUUCAGGAGGAGGUGCAGGAGCUGCAGCGGCAGUGCAGGGCGGAGGCGUCGGCGAGGCAGGCACUUCGAGCAGAGCUGGAGGAGCAGAAGGUUGUCCAGGCCGAGCUGGAGAAGAUCUUGCAAUGGUUUGCUGGGCUGGAGAGUAUCUGUAGGGAGCAUGGGACCAGCAGUGUCAAAGAAAGCUUCACUUUCUUGACACAGAACUCUAACAAACUGCAAGAUGUGCUGAAAGAUGUUGAAAAGAAAAGCAAAAGAGUAAAGAAACACCAUCAGUUACUGUGAUGGAAAUGCUGAAAAGGCGAUCAGACAACUUGCUGAAUGGGCUAGGGGCUUAUCUCUCCAGCAGCAUCCCUGAUCCCUUACCCUUACUCUAGAUUAAAAAGACUAAAAGCUGUUGAACUAUGAGGCUGCAUCUUGUCUAGCACCUCCCUAAGGAGAGCAGGGAGAGAGGAGAAGACUGAAAUGUAAUUGUGGAACUGGUGACUGGGAGGAAAUUUGGGCUUGGAUAAUGCAGCUGAGGUCGCUUUCUGCCCUUAUGGAUGUUAACUUUGAUGACAACACUGCAUUUGUUUAAGGAAUAUUAAAAAGAAAGAAUGUCCAACGAAGGUCUGGAGAAGGUAUGAGUGGAUUUCCAGCCUGAUCCCAGUCCAGCUAAUGGAGUGGAUGGAACACAGGGACUUUGUACCCAUUUGGUACCAGCUACCAUCAGUGCUGGGCUGCACUCCCUAUGUUUUAAAAGCCAAGACACUUGCCCUGCUUAUUGCUCCAUCAUCUGAUGGCACAGAAACCACUAGUGGAAAGGAAGAACCCAGUCCUUGUCAUACUUCAGUGUAUGUUCCUUUAUGUAAUUUUGUUGUUUGCUUGGUUUUAUUUCUGUUCUCCACUGUCUUUCUACCAAAUACAAAGUUCAUCUUA